AUGCCUGGAAUGACUGCUUAUGUUUGCUUUCAUGAGAUUUGCUCUCCAAGGAAAGGAGAGUAUGUCUUCAUUUCAGCAGCAGCUGGAGCAGUUGGCCAGCUUGUUGGGCAGUUCGCCAAAUUGAUGGGCUGCUAUGUUGUUGGAAGUGCUGGAACCAAAGAAAAGGUUGAUCUGUUGAAGAACAAAUUUGGGUUUGACGAGGCUCUUAACUAUAAAGAGGAGCAAGACUUAGACGAAGCUUUGAAAAGGGAGAACAGAAAUGCUGGUUGGAUAAAUUUUGAUGUCCCAGACUCUCGGUACUUUCCCAAUGGCAUCGAUAUCUACUUUGAGAAUGUUGGAGGAAAGAUGCUUGACGCAGUGCUCAUGAACAUGAGACUCCGUGGUCGCAUUGCUGUCUGUGGGAUGGUCUCACAGUACAACCUUGAACAGCCUGAAGGAGUUCACAACUUGUUCUGUCUUAUUACAAAACGGAUCCGUAUGGAAGGAUUCUUAGUUUUUUAUUAUUAUCACCUUUAUCCCAAAUACCUGGACAUGAUUCUACCUUACAUAAAAGAGGGGAAGAUUGAAUAUGUGGAAGAUAUAGCUGAAGGCAUUGAAAGUGCCCCGGCAGCUUUGAUUGGGCUGUUCUCCGGCCGCAAUGUUGGGAAACAGGUCGUGGUUAUUGCUCAUGAAUGA